GUCAUGUCCCUUGGCCCAUGUUCAGCCAGCUGUGGUCUCGGCACUGCCACGCGCUUGGUGGCCUGUGUGCAGCUGGACCAAGGCCAGGACACAGAGGUGGACGGGGCGGCCUGUGUAGGUCUGGUGCGGCCGCAGGCCAGCAUCCCCUGCGUCAUCGCCGACUGCACCUACCGGUGGCACGUCAGCGCCUGGAUGCAGUGUUCCGCCUCGUGUGGGGAUGGCAUCCAGCGCCGGCACGACGCCUGCCUUGGACCCCAGGCCCGGGUGCCCGUGCCAGCCGACUUCUGCCAGCAUUUGCCCAAGCCGGUGACGGUGCGGGGCUGCUGGGCUGGGCCCUGUGUGGGGCAGGGGACACCCAGCCCGGUGCCCCACGAGGAAUCCACUGCUCCUGGCCAGACCACAGCUGCCACUGCUUCCCCGGCGUGGCCCCAGCCCCGGGCCCACCUCCUCUCCCCAGCUCCCCGGCCGCAAGGACUCCCGCCCGGGCCCCAGGAAAGCCCAGCAGAGUCCAGUGCCUGUGGCCGGCAGCACCUUGAGCCAACAGGAACCAUUGACAUGCGAGGCCCAGCGCGGGCGGACUGUGCAGUGGCCAUCGGGCGGCCCCUGGGUGAGGUGGUGACCCUCCGAGUCCUCGACAGUUCCCUCAACUGCAGUGCUGGGGAGAUGCUGCUGCUUUGGGGCAGGCUCACGUGGAGGAAGAUGUGCAGGAAGCUGCCCGGCAUGGCUUUCAGCUCCAAAGCCAACACGCUGGUGGUGAGGCAGCGUCUUGUGCAGCCGCGAGGCGGAGUGCUGCUUCGGUAUUCGAGCCAGCCUGCCCCGGGAGCCUUCCACCGAGGAUGUGACAUGCAGCUCUUUGGACCCCGGGGUGAAAUCGUGAGUCCAUCAUUGAGUCCGGAUGGGAGGAACAUGGGGGGCUGCCGAAUCUUCAUCGACGUGGCUCCACAGGCCCGGAUCGCCAUCCAUGCCCUGGCCAUGGACAAGGGCACCAGAACCGAGGAGACUGAUUCCAGCUACAUCUUGAUCCGGGAUAUCCACAGCCUGAGGACGACGACAUUUCGUGGGCAACAGACGCUCUACUGGGAGUCAGAGGGCAGCCAGGCAGAGAUGGAGUUUAGCCAGGGCUUCCUGGAGGCGCACACCAGCCUUCGGGGCCAGUACUGGACCCUCCGGGAUAGAGCUCGUUAGCCUGACGAUGCCCCGCAUCUCCAAGCACAUCCUUCAGUUGACCAGCCGGCACAGUGGGAUACCUCCUCCCGGUCCGGGAAGGGAAAGGAAGGAACCUGACAUUUAUGAGCACCCGUUAGGUGCCUGGCUUUCCAAUUCGAAUUCCCUCCAAUCUUAAGUAUCUCCUUUAGGGCUUCCUCCAACGUGCAAAACGUUAGAGGGUGGGAGGGGAGACUCUCUGGAAAAGCAGCUCCCAGCCCCUCGGGUACCAAUAAACGGA